AAGGAGAACAACUUGAUAUGCGUUUAUAAAGAAGUUCCCCCUCACAAGCAACACAGCUUCUUCUGGACCGUAUCUCCCAGUUGGAAGACGGUCUCAACGAAAAGAUCGAACGCAUUAAUGCCCUCCAGGUCGAGCACUCGAACCAACUUACUGCGCUGUAUCCUCGGUUGAAAGAGGCUAAAGCGAUAAGUACCAAGGAGACGACAGAGAAGCCGGCAAUUCCUCGGAUAUCGAAGGCGGAUAUACCUGAUAUCUUACAAAAGACCGAAACUAAAGAAGAAGACAUGAACGCGAUUGUCGGACAGGAGCUCGAAAGAGCCGAAGGGGAAGUGAUUCCGCAGGGCGAAGACGGUGAUCUUUCAAUUCCUGUCGAGCAUACCACUGCAGCCCACAAGUUGCUUUCGUGGCCGUCUAUCAAGGCUCUUCUUGAACCAAGAGAGUACGACGAAGAUUAUGUUAUGAAGCUGGAAGAGGAGCGAGGAUUGAUCCUCGUUUACGGCCGCGGUGAGGGACACGAUACUAGUGAAAGCCCGGCAAUGACAUUCUCAUCAUCAUCAUCAUCGUCCCGAUCCAACUGGGAUCAAAAUUACAGCAAUGGGGCUCCUGCUAGCGGCCAAUGGAACCCAGGCGCCAUCCAAAAUGGCACUCAUCUCAAACCCCUCGGACCCAGCAUUGAUGAUUUUGGAAUAUUCAGCACAGAUGCCAAAACCGUUCGUCGUUAUCACCAAAGCUACCUGAAUCACAUGCAUAAGCUUCAUCCAUUCAUCAACCUAACCGAAUUGAGCGCAAGCAUCGAAUCCUUCAUUCAGAAAUACUGCUUACCCGACGUUUCUGUUCCGGUAAACAUCCUGAACAGCCAUACCGCCGGUGACAUACCACGCGGUGCGAAGAGGAAGCGUUCAUGCGAUACGCUACACGGUGCUGGAUGCGACGUCCAGUUUCCCCCUGGUGCCAAACACGAAGGCUCUAGCGGACGUCGCGUGGAGAAGUCACUGGAAAAUGCCAUUGUUCUCUUGGUUCUUGCACUUGGCAGUAUUUGUGAAGUUCAAGGAGCCAUCCCUGGUCCAGUUACUGACACGCCCGUGGACUUUCAGAAGGAGCGGAUUCCUGGACCCUCUACACGCAGCAUGCUAUCAUCAGCAGAUACAGAAUUAGUUAUGCAGUCCCAGGGAAGUUUCUUCUCGCAGACAAGUAACCAUUCUUUUUCACCUGUUACCGGAGGGCAGAAGGCUGCUCCCGAUCGGUCGCCAUACCCGGAUACUAGUCACUUACGGAACGUGGAUGUCAUUCCUGGCUUGGCAUAUUAUGCGUAUGCCGCACAGAUAUUGGGGAGUCUACAAGGCGCGAACGGGCUCUAUCAUGUUCAAGCAGCCUUGUUAGCAGGACUCUAUGCGGGGCAGCUAGCACAUCCUUUCCAGAGCCAUGGAUGGAUCUACCAGGCGGCCAGAGCAUGCCAAGUGCUUGUCCGAUCGAAACGGUAUGAGCAAAUGAAUGACGGCCCGCUGAAAGACCUAUACAACUUUGCGUACUGGACCUGCCUGCAGCUCGAGAGUGACAUUCUUGCCGAACUGGAUCUUCCGGCUAGUGGUAUAUCUCGCGCGGAAGCACGGAUUGAGUUGCCGAAGGGCCGAACUCUCUCUUUGCCCAACGACCCUGCUGCUCCGAACACCAUGAUGAUGUUCUUUUACUCCGCCCAGAUCCAUUUGAGAAAGGUUCUGAACCGUGUUCACACCGAUCUAUACAAAGUCGAAAAACAGAAUGAGAACAGGUGGUCUGCUAACGUACAGGAGAUCCUGAGCAUGAACCUUGAAUUGUGGAGAAGCAGCUUACCCGACAUAAUGAGGUGGAAGGACGCGGACCCUCCACAUGAGGACAUCAAUGUUGCUCGGAUGCGAGCUAAAUACUACGGCGCACGCUACAUUAUCCAUCGUCCCCUCCUUUAUUGGGCUCUGCAUCAUUCGCAUCCUGCCGAAAAUGGUCGAUCAGCGUCAGUGGACUCUCCUACCGGAUCAGCGAUGUCGGGAGCGAAGUCGCAGCAGGUCUCGCCCUCAAUGGCGCACAGCCAACGUGCUAUCAAUAUGGCGCGAUUGUCUAGUGAUGUUGGUACCAUGGGUCGAUCGGCACCGACGCCAACCCCCGUUCCGACAAUUUCGCGACCAGCACUUGCGUAUCGCGAUCUCAACCCGAAAUUACGAAGGGCGUGCAAAGUGUGCAUAGACUCCGCCAUAUUGAGUACCGAGGCUUUUGAUGGCAUCAAAGGUCGGCCGGUAGUAACUAAUAUCUUCGGCACAGCUCAUGCUCAAUUCGGUAACAUGCUUGUAUUGUCAGCCACGUAUAUGUCGAGUCUUUCAGAGUUGGUUGACCGGAAUGACCUUGAUCGCUUGCUUAAGCGAACAAUACGCUUCCUCCUUCAAAGCCGCGAGAUAUCGCCAACCCUACGCGCCGAUGCAAAGAUCCUCAGCGAGAUAUAUGAGAAGAUCUUUGGAGAGCCAGCCGAUAUCGUGGCUCCGUAAUUAUACUGACAACAGAGGCUGAGAAUUCUGCGUUGCCUCUGGGCCGAGGCAUAGAAUUGGCCCCAUACACCAGAUUUUGCUUUUUUGUUAUUCUUCACAUGAAUUUUGCGGGUCGAUACAGUUAGCGGGAAAGGAAUGUUCCUUG